AUGAGCAGCCCAGGCUGUGAGGUAGAUGUAGCCGGGUCGGUGGAGCCGGCGCUGGAGGCUCUGUGUCCAGAGUGCGGCCAGAUCCACCGCAGCUGGGAGAACCACCUCUAUAACUACCGCCUGGAGGUGGACGACGACCUGGUGUGCCACAUCUGCCUGCAACCGCUGGUGCAGCCGCUGGACACGCCGUGCGGACACACAUUCUGCGCACGCUGCCUGCGCAGCUUCCUCCAGGAGAGGGACUUCUGCCCUCUGGACCGGGCCCGGCUGCAGCUGCAGGCGUGCCGCAGGUCCAGCAUCCUGGUUCACAAGCUGCUGGACAAACUGUCUGUGUCCUGCCCCCUGAGUCCUGUCUGCGCCCUCAGCAUGCCACGGUGUGACCUGGAGGCGCACCUCAAACACAGGUGUCCUGGGACUCGUAGUCAGCAGACGAGCGUGGACGGGCCAAGAUGCGAGAGCGGUGACGAGCGAGCCAUGGUGACCAGCCCCUCCACGUCCCCUCAUACCCCACAGACAGACCUGAGGGACCAAACGCCCUCGCCGAGCCCUGGACCUAAUAACACCAACGGAUCUGCGUGGACGGAUGACGCCGGCCUCGACAACCCCGCCUUUGAGGAAAGCACUGAAGAAGACGGUGUGGUGGGGUUGGAGCGCGUGGUCCCCAGGGUGAAGCGGCCCCUCAGUAAUCCUUGCAUCCAUCUUCUCCGCUCUGUCAGCUCCACCUCCUCUGGCUGGGACUGCCCUGAGUCUCCACCUCUGUCUGCUGAGGAAGGCUGUGUGAAGCUGCCCUCUCUUCCUGAGGGAGAAAUAACCACCAUUGAGGUCCACCGGUCCAAUCCGUACGUUGAGCUGGGUAUCAGCGUUGUCGGUGGGAAUGAGACGCCGCUCAUCAACAUAGUGAUUCAGGAAGUGUACCGAGACGGGGUCAUCGCACGCGACGGGAGGCUGCUGGCUGGAGAUCAGAUCCUACAGGUGAACAACGUGGAUAUCAGUAAUGUGCCACACGGUUUUGCCCGCUCCACCCUGGCGCGGCCCUGCACCACCCUGCAGCUGACCGUGCUCCGGGAGCGUCGCUGUGCCUCUCGGGCGCCUCCCUCCUCCUCCUCCACGCCAGCUGUCCCUCACGCUCCUUGCUCCACGCCUGAAGGGACCCCGUCCAGCCCCGCCACGCUGAGAAUCACGCUCCACAAGCGAGACUCUGCGGAGCAGCUCGGUAUCAAGCUGGUGCGGCGGACGGACGAGUCAGGAGUGUUUGUGUUGGAUCUGCUGGAUGGAGGCUUGGCAGCAAAGGACGGCAGACUGAGGAGCAACGACCGGGUGCUGGCAGUCAACGAGCAGGACCUUCAACACGGCACCCCCGAGCAGGCUGCUCAGAUCAUACAGGCCAGCGGAGAGCGAGUCCACCUGCUUGUUGGUCGACCCACAAAACCAACUCCACCUCCCCCUCCAAAAUCCAGCUCAACCAGAGAUCUUUACUGCCCUGAACACUUCCUGCCUAAUCACAGCUCCACUCCGAGUCCUGUACCCAUCCACCUGUCCCGCACCAGUACACACAGAGAUCUGUCACAGUGUGUGACGUGUAAGGAGAAACACAUCACUGUGAAGAAGGAGUCCCAUGAGUCCCUGGGGAUGACUGUGGCAGGGGGGCGGGGGAGUAAGAGUGGCGAGCUUCCAAUCUUCGUCACAAGCGUCCAACCACACGGCUGCUUGUCCAGGGACGGACGGAUCAAAAGAGGUGACGUCCUGCUGAGCAUCAACAGUCAGGACCUGACCUACCUGAGCCACAGCGAGGCCGUAGGCACGCUGAAGGCCAGCGCCGCUUCGCCUUCAGUCCAGCUGCGGGUGCUGGAGGUCAGCAUGGUGGAGGAGCAUGACCACGACGAGCUGCUGCCUCACACUCACGACAGCGACUUUGACGCCAACUGGUCCCCCUCGUGGGUCAUGUGGCUGGGCCUACCCAGCUACCUUCACAGCAGCCAUGAGAUCGUGCUGCGGAGGAGCCACCCAGGCAGCUGGGGCUUCAGCAUCGUCGGGGGAUACGAGGAAAGUCAUGGCAACCAGGCGUUUUUUAUCAAAACCAUCGUCCUCGGCACGCCUGCAUACUACGACGGCCACCUCAAGUGUGGCGACAUGAUUGUGGCAGUUAACGGGCUGUCGACAGCAGGGAUGAGCCACUCGGCGCUGGUUCCUAUGCUGAAAGAGCAGCGCAGCCGGGUGGCCCUUACUGUGGUCUCCUGGCCCGGCAGUCUAGUAUAACCAGGACACAAAUCAUUGGGCCCGCCCCGCUGAGUCCACCCAGAGUGUUCUAUAUGUGGAACAACCUUGACCAAAGUGAACUGGUACAUGCUACUGUACAUCGCUCCAUAUCGGGCUUAAUCCAGGACCAAAAGCAUUCAGAAAUGCAGACCCAGCAGGACCAAGCCUGAGGAACUGAUCCAGAUCGUGCCACGUCACUCGACAGACUGCACUCACAUGAAGCACUGCUGUGUUCAUAUGGUCAUGUUGUCUUUGCUCCCGCUGGGAGAA